GAGGGAUUAGUAGUAGACGGCACUAUAUUAAGUAUAGCGAUAAAGAAGGGGUUAAAGGUGCCUCGAGGUAGGUUCUAUCUCGCUAAUAGUAGAUAUUCGAAGAAUCUCGACUAUAUACUAGUUGUUAGGACUAAAGAGGUUAUACGUAAUUGGUAUAUAACCGGGCUCGAGUGA